ACUUCAUCACAAUCACCACAUCACAUAUCCGCACAGCGGCUGCCACAGUGCCACGUCGCCUGCAAUCCAUCCCCGGAGCGGGCCCCACCCAUGGCGACGGCAGCCACCACCGCCGCGGCCGUUCCCGCCGGCCGCCACCAGCACCGCCACCACCUAGGCCUGCGCCCAUGCCCCAACCCGCGUCGCCUGCACCGACUGCGUCUCCCUGCCUCAGUUGCUUUUUCUUCCCCAUCCGCCCCGUCCACCUCCUCCUCCUCGUCGCUAUCGGCCCCGGCGACGCCGCCGCCGGAGGGAGGAGGGCGGCUGGUGGCGGAGCUUGUGGGCGUGUUCAACGAGCUCACGGGUAGGAUGGGAGAGGGCCUGGCCACCACCUCCUCGUCGCGCCUGCUCUUCCGCGCGCUCAAACUGGCCCUCCCCGCCCUCCGCGACGGCGACGGCGGCCAGGCCCUCACGCGAGCCCUCGCGGUGGCCGCGACCUUAGCCGACCUCCAGAUGGACGCGGAAGUUAUUUCAGCCGGCAUAUUGAGGAAAGCGCUUGAUGCAGGGACUAUAAGCAUGAGCGAUGUAGAAGCUCAAAUUGGGACUGGCAUAGCUGAUUUACUGCACGAGAGCUUAAGGCUUAAGGUUGCUCCUUCGAAAGUCGACGUAUUGGAUGAUGAAAGUGCGAGCUCAUUGAGAAAGUUUUUCCUUUCGUACUAUGACAUCCGGGCAGUAAUCUUGGAGCUUUCUCUGAAGCUUGAUACGAUGAGACACCUUCAGUACCUCCCCAAGCAUCUUCAGCGAGUAAAAUCUCUUGAAGUAAUGAAGAUAUAUGCUCCACUUGCUCAUGCUGUCGGGGCUGGUAAUCUGUCGCUAGAGUUGGAAGAUCUUUCUUUUAGGUACUUGUUUCCUCAUUCAUAUGACCAUGUCGAUCAAUGGUUGAGGAACCGAGAAGCCGAGUGCAAGCUCUUGAUAAAUGCCUACAAGGCGCAGUUGCUUCAGGCACUGAAGUCCGAUGAUGAGCUAAACGAGAUUGUGCAGGACAUCUCAAUUGAAGGGCGGUACAAAAGCCGUUUCAGUACUAUGAAGAAGCUAGUAAAAGAUGGCCGGAAACCAGAAGAAGUAAAUGACAUACUUGGUUUACGGAUAAUCUUGGACCCUCGAUGCGAUGGUGGCUCAUCUGAUUGGGGCCCCAGGGCCUGUCACAGGACACACGAAAUCAUUCGAGCUCUAUUGAAGGAAGUGCCAGGUAGGACAAAGGACUAUGUGACACAGCCAAAAAGAAAUGGCUAUCAGAGCCUGCAUGUGGCAAUCGAUGUAAGUGAACCUGGGAAGACGAGGCCACUAAUGGAGAUACAAAUACGCACCAAGGAGAUGCACAGAAUUGCUAUUGGUGGAGAAGCGUCUCACUCUCUCUACAAGGGUGGUCUUACGGAUCCUGGAGAGGCUAAAAGACUCAAGGCUAUUAUGUUGGCUGCGGCAGAACUGGCAGCUCAUCGCCUUCGAGACCUCCCAGCCAGUGAUCAUCGAGGAGGUGAAUGCAAGAACCAGGCUUUCUGCCUUAUAGACAAAAAUGGUGAUGGGAGGAUCAGCAUCGAGGAGCUCACGGAGGUGAUGGAAGAUCUUGGUGCCGAGGGCGAGGAUGCGAUGGCGCUCAUGCAUCUCCUUGAUGCAAACAGCGAUGGUUCCCUGAGCUUCGAUGAAUUCGAGUCGUUCCAGAGACAGGUUGAAUUGAUGAGAAGCUUGGAGGACAGGGAUGACCACUACACGAAGAUACUGAAGGAUAAGUUGCAGACAAUCGACAGCGCUGGCCUCAUUCACUUCUACCGCAAAGAGCUGGGAGACAAACUGCUUGUGAGCUGAAAUAUAUGGGCUUUCUUUUAAGGAACUGCGCUAAACUAAAAUGGAUUGCCAACUUGUAGUUUUGAUGUUGGUGCAUACUACAUUGAGAUGUGAUUAACAGCAUUGAAUUGUACAUACUUUCCGAUUGUAUGUGGAGCUAUAGAGCAAGUCUGACAAAGUAAAGGUUGUCCUCUACAUUGUGCCAGAAGCUGGCUGUGGCACUUCGCAAUAUAUUUCUAACUUUGUACA